AUCCUAAUACAUUCGAGGCUUGAUCCAUGAAUUUGAAUGGCCCGAAGAAAUGCUGAGGGGCGAGUAUCGGAUUGGCACAAUACCCUUUGAUCAGGUGGCUGGCCGGUCCAUAAGCCGGAAGAAUCCACCUUUGUUUGCAGCGACAUUAAAACAUUUUCCCAAUCUUCGCUUGCAGCGUAGGACUCAACUCCAACGCCGACCUCACCUACUCAGAAUUCCUGAGUCAUUCAUGGCGGACUCGGGUUCCAGGGCUUCUUCUGAAUCUGAUUGCAAUGGUGACCCUAAAUUGGGCCCAGUCGACCCGGGCUAUGCCGAGAUCAUUGUGGUACGUCAUGGCGAAACUGCCUGGAAUGCUGAUGGAAGAAUUCAGGGACACCUGGAUGUUGAAUUAAAUGAAGCUGGGAGACAACAAGCAGCUGCAGUGGCUGACAGACUAUCCAAGGGACCAAGAAUCUCUGCUGUUUACUCAUCUGACUUGAAACGAGCUUUUGAGACAGCACAGGCAAUAGCAACCAGCUGUGGCAGGUUUGAGGUUAUUAAAGAUCCAGACCUACGGGAAAGAAAUUUGGGGGAUCUUCAAGGUCUUGUAUACCAUGAAAUAGCCAAAAUUAAUCCUGAAGCUCACAAAGCUUUUUUAUCUCAUAGGACUGAUCAAGAAAUUCCUGGUGGUGGAGAAAGUCGUGAUCAAGUUUAUCAACGCUGUACAUUGUCCUUGAAAAGAAUUGGCAGCAAGCAUAAAGGAGAGCGUGUGGUUGUGGUCACUCAUGGGGGUGUCAUUCGAGCACUUCACAAGCGGGCUUCUCCAAAUGGACGUGCAGGGAAAAUAAUGAAUACAUCUGUCAAUAUAUUUCACUUGUGUGAUGGGGAUAAGUGGGUCAUAAAAGCAUGGGGCGACAUUAGUCAUCUCGACGAAACUAAAUUUCUGGAGUCUGGUUUUGGUGGGGACAGAACUUCUGGUUGAUUCAUACAUGGCUGACCUUGGCAUUUUGCAGCCACUUGGUUCAAGCAAUGGCAUUCUUGAGUUACAGGAGGGAGAAAGUACUCGGCCUUAAUAAAUUGACUGUUAUUCUCAGUUAUUAUUUCAUCCAUGUGGCCUGGGAGAGGAUUGAUACAUCUUAUACAAGGUGGAUGGAUUUUCACUCCAAACUUUGUUUCUCCACUCCAUACUUAUGAGACAACUUAAAGCAAAAGGUAAUGUAGCAACAGCCAUAUGCCAUUAUUGAUAUUAGAUAAAUUGAUAUUCUCAUGCCAGAUGUUACCAAAUAAUAAAAUGCAAGUAGUCCAUCUGAA